AUGAUAACCCUGAUCACUGAGCAGCUACAGAAGCAGACUCUGGAUGAGCUGAAAUGCACACGCUUCAGCAUCAGUCUGGACAGCCUCAACUUCAACUACCAUCCUUCAGGCUUGAGCCUGCACCUCAGACCACCCAGUCGAGGAAGUUCCCCACAGGAGCAGCCUCUCUCCCAAGUUCUGCACCCUGAGCCCCCAGACCCAGAGAAACUUCCUGUGCCCCCUGCCCCUCCAACCAAGAGGCACUGUCGCUCACUCUCGGUGCCCGUGGACCUGUCUCGCUGGCAGCCGGUGUGGCGGCCCGCCCCCUCCAAGCUGUGGACUCCCAUCAAGCACCGGGGCAGUAGUGGAGGGGGUGGGCCGCAGGUGCCUCACCAGAGCCCUCCGAAGCGGGUCUCCAGCCUCAGGUUCCUCCAAGCUCCCAGUGCCUCUUCUCAAUGUGCCCCAGCCCACAGACCCUACAGCCCUCCUUUCUUCAGCCUGGCUCUGGCCCAAGAUUCCUCUCGACCUUGUGCCACCUCCCCUCAGAGUGGCUCCUGGGAAAGUGAUGCUGAGUCCCUGUCACCUUGCCCACCCCAGCGUCGCUUCUCCCUGUCACCCAGCCUGGGUCCACAAGCAAGCCGCUUCUUGCCCUCUGCUCGAAGUUCCCCUGCAUCCUCUCCAGAGCUGCCCUGGCGACCACGAGGUCUCCAAAACCUUCCCCGAAGCCGCUCACAGCCUUGUGAUCUGGAUGCCCGCAAAACUGGGGUCAAACGACGCCAUGAGGAGGACCCGCGGCGUCUGCGGCCUUCCUUGGACUUUGACAAGAUGAAUCAGGUAGGAGUGGAUGGGAGUGGGAGGACUUGUGUUUAUGAUCGAUCUGCUAGUUUUACACCCUUCUGA